AAACAGAUUGUAAUUUGCUAGCUAGCACUCUCCGGACCGGGUUGUAAUGGCAACUGACUGGAUGGAACAUCAACAGCAACUUUUGUAAUUUAUUUGAAGGAAGUUUCAAUUAAGGAGGUUUUACACAAACCUUGAGGAAAUUAUUUCUAAUGUGAGAAACAAAUUUUCGGUCCGAAAAUGUCCCAGGGAUGUACAAUUUCUGUGGAAGAGAUCCAGUCUUGGUGGGAAGUCCCCGCCAUAGCCCACUUCUGUUCGCUGUUCAGGACUGCAUUCAACCUACCAGACUUUGAAAUUGAGGAGCUGGAAGAGGCGCUACAGAAGCAGGACACAGACUUUCUGGCUGACCUCCUCGUCUCACUGCUGCAAGGAUGCUACCAGCGCACAGACAUCACUCCCCAGGCGUUCAGCAGUUAUCUGGACGACAUAAUCAACUACCGCUGGGAGCUGGAGGAGGGGAAGCCCAACCCCCUGCGCCAGGGGCCCUUUGAGGAGCUGACCCCGCGCACACAGGUGGAGCUGCUGCACAGGCUGUGUGACUAUCGCCUGGACGCCGCAGACGUCUUCGACCUGCUCAAGGGCCUGGAUGCGGACAGCCUACGCGUGGAGCCACUGGGGCAAGAUGGGAGCGGUGCCCUCUACUGGUACUUCUAUGGUACCCGCAUGUACAAAGAGGAGCCGGUCAAGAGGAAAGCGGAGCAGCUCGAUGAAGCCCCUGAGAUAAAACCAACAGAGAAGAGGAAAAGGGGAAGACCACCAAAGAAGAAAGUGGAGGAGAUCCAGCUAAGUGAGGUGGAGAGUGAAGUGAAGAAGGAGAAUGGACUGGAAGGUCUACACUCGGGCACAGACCGGGAACGCGGUGCCUGGUCCUUGAUGUGUGACACGGAGGAGCAGUGGGCCAGUCUGGCCGAGAGCAUCAGAGACAAAACGUCCCCCCAGGACCGCCACCUCUACCGCAUCAUCAGCCAGAACUUCCUCCCUGAGAUCAGCAGCAUGAUCGAGCACAAGGUGAAUGAGCAGAAGCAGAGGCUGCUGGACCCCACCCCAGUACGCAGCUCUUACCGGCUCUCUGAGAAACGCAUGAGCCAAGAGGAAGAGGACACGCUGCAGGCCAUAGCCAAUAGGGAGCAGCAGAAACAGAAGGAUGAGGACAUGGACAGGCAGGCCCUGCUGAUGGAGCAGAGACGAGAAGAGGAGCUGCUGCUGCAGGAGGAGCGCCAGAGAGAGGAGCUGGAGAGACUCCAAGCUGUGGAAGAGCGAGCGCUGCGGCGGAAACUGCGUGAGGAGAAGGCCUGGUUGAUAUCCCAGGGGAAGGAACUGCCCCCCGAACUGCUGCACCUGGAGCCCCACUCACCCAUUCGACGCUCCCGCAGGACAAAAGAGUUCUAUGAAAUUGAUGAUGAUUAUACGGCGUUGUACAAAGUGUUGGAGGCCCUGAGAGCCCACAAAGAUGCCUGGCCCUUCUUGGAGCCUGUGGAUGAAUCCUAUGCCCCCAACUAUAAUGCAGUCAUUCAGACUCCGAUGGACCUAUCCACCAUCGAGACUAAGCUGAAUGAAGGGGAGUAUAUUGCCAAGGAAGAGUUUGUGUCUGACAUGAAGCUCAUAUUUGAAAACUGCAUCGAGUACAAUGGGGAAGACAGCGAGUACAGCAUCAUGGCAGAAUCCCUGGAGCGUUGUUUCAGCCGGGCGCUACUGAAGCACUUCCCGUCGGAGGACGGCGACACGGACGAGGAGUUCCACGUGAGCGGCGAGGACCGUGAGAGAGACCGCAAGGAGAAAAGGCGAAGCAAAGGCAACAAACAGGCAGGGCCAGAAAGCUUGAUCCGAGCCACAGAGCAGGCCUCACGCAAACGGACACAUCCAGGGGGCAAGGGCAGCACCCCAAUGGAGGAGGAGGGGAAUAAGCCAGCACAGCCACCCCCUCCCCCCCACUGGGCCAAUGGACCCCCACACCCCCAUGGCAUACCUCAUGGACAACCCCAUCCUGGGAACCUUUACUACCCAGCACAGCAGCAGCUCCAGCACCCCCCUAAUCCCCACGGCCCACACAUGUACGGCCAGAGGAUGGACCCCGGCUACGCCUACCCUGGACAGGGACACAUGCCCCGGCCUGGGGAUCCCAAUGCUCAUCACAUGCCUCAACAUUACAGCAUGCAGCCACACAUGCGUGAUGGACACCACGUUGGCCAUGGAUACCAAAUGGGGCCUGAUGGCCGGCCUCUUGAGCCACAGCACCACCGGCAGCAGCACCCCUACAUGGGUCCCACCCAUGGUCCCUCACUGGGCCCCCGUCCCGUGGCCCUCCAGUCUGGGGGCCUCUGCACCCCCAUGCCCGACAGCAGCAUGUACUUGUCCCGCCAGCGCACCAACGGCCACCCCCUACACCCCGGAGGGAACUGCUACCCCGGGCCUGACGUCCCACCACGACACAACUACCCAGCCUACCAUCCAGGCAUGGGCAUGCCUCCUAACAUGUGGCCAGGGAUGAACCACCAAGGCCAGGAGAGGCCCAGUGGACCUGGGAAAAAAGUGCAAAAUAUGGCUAACCACCAGCAGCUCUCUUAUAACCCCGGGGGUCCUCGUCCCAUGGGCCCCAAACCCUGGCCAGAGCAGCCUGGGGGCCCCGGAGGGUACCCCUCUCAUCCCAAUGGACCCAUGGCCCUGCGGACCCCCAUGCCUCAUCAGGACUCCAGGCAGUGUCUGGCCUCCAUGCUGGAGAGCCCAGAGAUGAUUGCCCUGCAGCAGCUGUCUGCCUCCUCCACCGGACUCUCUGCUGGCUCCUCUCACCAGGACAUGGGCAACUUCCAGCAGCAGCCCCUACAGGGUGUUGGCAGCGCCCCAACUCACCCCUCGCAGUACCACCCUCCCCCUGAAAUUCAGCUGCUGCGUCCUGCCAGAGACAAUGGCCCGGACAGCCAGGCUGCCCAUCACGCAGAUUUGAAGCCAAAAGGGUCCACGUCAGAUCCCAAAACAUCCAACAACCAUGCAGGAGCUCUGGUAACCCCCGUUCCAUCUGAACAGGAACGCACCUCGUUCCCCCGUCCCACAGAGCCUCCCAGUCGCCCCACUCAGGGCAUGCAGAGCCCCUCUGCUCCAAACUGGGGCAGAUCACAGGAGAGGGUUAGCGGGACCCGGGAGCAGGCUGCGUCUGGGCUGGGACUCCCACAGAGCUCAGAGACAAACGACAACCAAGAGGGGGAGAGCAGAGGACAAUCUGUCAGCCAGACUCCCCCUCAUCAGAACAACCCUUCCAUUGUUCAUCCUCCUCACCCCCACAAUGCACCUCACUCCCAGAAUCCUCCACAGCAUAUUACCCAGAGCCCCCCCCAGCAAAUCCUAGAGAAUGCCACUCGUCUUCAGAACGCCCAUCAACACAAUACCCAGAAUGCACAGCAACAAAACAUCACUCGAAAUGCCCCACAGCAAGGAUCUCAAAACCCCCACCAACAAAACUCUCAGAACACACCUCCACAUGUGGCGCAGAAUGUUCCUCAACCAAUCUCCAUGCAUGGAAUGCCACAGAGCGCCCCCCAGGGGGCCCAGCCUGGCCCCGGUCCACCCCAGCCAGCACCUCUCACCUCCCUGCCCCGCCACCCUGUGUCCCAGUUGCCUCCCCAGCCCAGCCCAGAUGACCAGAGGCCAAGCGAGCCCACUAGCAGGAGGGACUCUGGAGGCAGUUCUGGUAACUCCAGCAUGAUGAAGUCUGGACCUCCAAAUGGCAUUUAUAAACAACAGUCGUUCAGUCCCAAGGCACAACAGACACAACCCGGUAACCAGGGGCCAAGGGGACCGGCACCUGGUCACAACUCAGCCAUGCCUCCCCACUCCCAGGGCCAGGACAAUGGAGCCAUGCGUCAAUAUGGCAUGGGCAGCCCAACACAUCUGCACUAUGGUCAACCUAUGGGCAAACCCAUGCCCCCUUCAAAUCAACAGCCUUACCCGAACCAACCUGUUCCCCAGACCAUGAACCCCCACCAUAACCCUGCCGGCUACCCCACCUACCACCAGCAAGGAGCUGCCUAUCCAUACCACAUAGCCCAGCAGCAGCAUCCCCAGGGCCACCCUAACAUGUACCCCCAGUACCAGCAGCAACACUUCUACCCCCAGCCCCCGGGCAACAUCCGGCGGGGCUACCCCUCCGAGGAGUGGCACAGGCAGCAGCAGUACCAGCCUCGCCACCCCAUGCCCUCCAACACCUACCUGCCUGCAACUAGUGCCAACGUCAAUGGGCGCCUGAAGGAGGGCAGCAGCAUGGGCUCCCCCCUGGGCUCUGAAGGCUCCGGGGGCAGCCUGAUGUCCCCCAAUCCCCUGCCCGAGGGCCCCCGUGGAGGAUCUGUGGAGAAGGAGAGUAGGGAGGCCGGCAGCCCUGUGAAGCAUCAGCCUGCUCAGGUGGAGGAGAGCUCAGAGCGGCCAGAGAGCCCCAAAGAGAUCCUGGACCUGGACAGCCACAACGCUGCCGCACGCCGCCGGAGUGCCCAGCCCCCACCUCACGUGGCCAACUUCCUGUACGAUUCCCGAGCAGUGCAUACUGGGAUGCAGCAGGGCGGGGCCCCGCCUCCCCACAUGAUGUCCCAUGCUCCAUACCCCAAUCAGCCAGGUUACCCCAGUGGACACUACGCCCCCCAGAGACCCCACCCCCACCUCAUGGAAGCCCUGCACCGGCCCCAGCACCUUCCCUUUCCCCCGGGGCAGACCCGCAUGGCCAUGUACAGACAUCCCCAGGCCGGAGGCCCCUUCCAGGGCAUGAUGGUCCAGCAGAGAGGCCUGGCGCCGGAACACUUCCUUCACCCAGGGCAGCAGAUGAUGUCUCCCAGUGGUCCCAGCAGUAAACAGGGAGUUUGAGCAACUCUGUGGGCGCAGGGUGAAGGACAAAAGCAACAAACACCUGUACACAAAGCAGUGCCUGCAUUUCAUCCAUCCAUGACGAUAACCCGUGUGGUUGCCUGUGUGUCUCCUGUCAUAAGCCUUUAAAUGUGACUCUGCUGUUGGAACCAUGAUGUUCUCUGCUGUGGAGCGGCUCAAAAUGGAGUCUUGGCCGUUGUCUUUUCUCUGUCUGUCUGUGUCAAGGGGCACCAGUAACUACUGCUCUCACUGCAUCAGACAGAAGAUAUGCAGUGUGUGCAGACAAGGGAAACAUAUUUAUUUGAGAAUCUCUUUAGGGAAUGAGUUCUUUGCCCCUCGGGCUGUCUGUCUGCUUCAUGUUGAACCCUCACUGAGACUGCCUCUAUGCAGAGACAUGGCUCUGUCUGCCAGUGGACUUCCAGUUCAGACUGUGUGUACAGCUGGUCCCUUCCUGCAAGAACAUCUGGAGAUCCUGCUCCUCUGUCUGCAGCCUCACACUGGUUGAACAUAGCUACUGGUCAUUGGGUUUUGUCUGGAGGAAGGCUCCUCCCCUGACUAUAGCUCUCCUAUGGACCUCCAGCCCCUUCGGUCCUGUCCAAACCUCUACAGAAGAGAAAAAUGGAUCCGGUGAUGAGAAGAGGGGGCUGAUGUUAUUGUUUCUUUGGGGGUUUUUCCCCAAACGUUUUUAACUCAGGUGUAGAAAAGGAGGAACUUUAAGACUGAAGAGAAGCCGUCAUCAGAACCCUGUCGACAGACGGGCCUUGCCGUUUACUUUUUGUUGAAUGUAUGUGUGAAUGAUAGAUAUAGACCUGCAGAGAGCCUUCUCUGCUAUGCACUAGGGAUAGUCUACACAUACUGGAGUGGCCUUGGAAUUUUUACGUUGGUGCUUGUUUUAUAUAUAUAUAUAUAUUAGUCGAAGUUGGAAGUUUACAUACACCUUAGCCAAAUGCAUUUAAACUCAGUUUUUCACAAUUCCUGACGUUUAAUCCUAGUAACAAUUCCCUGUCUUAAGUCAGUUAGGAUCACUACUUUAUUUUAAGAAUGUGAUAUGUCAGAAUAAGAUAGAGAACAAGGUAGAGAAUGAUUUAUUUAUUUCGUCACAUUCCCAGUUGGUCAGAAGUUUACAUACACUCAUUUAGUAUUUGGUAGCAUUGCCUUUUCAAUUGUUUAACGUUUCGGGUGGCCUUCCACAAGCUUCCCACAAUAAGUUGGGUGAAGUUAGGCCCAUUCCUCCUGACAGAGCUGGUGUAACCGAGUCAGGUUUGUAGGCCUCCUUGCUCGCACAAGCUUUUUCAGUUCUGCUCACAAAUUUUCUAUAGGAUUGAGGUCAGGGCUUUGUACUGGCCACUCCAAUACCUUGACUUUGUUGUCCUUAAGCCAUUUUGCCACAACUUUGGAAGUAUGCUUGGGGUCAUUGUCCAUUUGGAAGACCCAUUUGCGACCAAGCUUUAACUUCCUGACUGAUGUCUUGAGAUGUUGCUUCAAUAUAUCCACAUAAUUUUCCUCCUUAAUGAUGCCAUCUAUUUUGUGAAGUGCACCAGUCCCUCCUGCAGCAAAGCACCCCCACAACAUGAUGCUGCCAUCUCCAUGCUUCACGGUUGGGAUGGUGUUCUUCGGCUUGCAAGCCUCCCCCUUUUCCUCUAAACAUAACGAUGGUCAUUAUGGCCAAACAGUUCUAUUUUUGAUUCAUCAGACCAGAGGACAGUUCUCCAAAAAUAGGAUCUUUGUCCCCAUGUGCAGUUGCAAACCGUAGUCUGGCUUUUUUAUGGCGGUUUUGGAGCAUUGGCUUCUUCCUUGCUGAGCGGCCUUUCAGGUUAUGUCGCCAUAGGACUCCUUUUACUGUGGAUAUAGAUACUUUUGUACCCGUUUCCUCCAGCAUCUUCACAAGGUCCUUUGCUGUUGUUCUGUUGUUGGAAAUUGCUCCCAAGGAUGAACCAGACUUGAGGUCUACAAUUUUUUUUUCUGGGGUCUUCGCUGAUUUCUUUUGAUUUUCCCAUGAUGUCAAGCAAAGAGGCACUGAGUUUGAAGGUCGGCCUUGAAAUUCAUCCACAGGUACACCUCUAAUUGACUGAAAUGAUGUCAAUUAGCCUAUCAGAAGCUUCUAAAGCCAUGACAUCUCCUGAAAUUUUCCAAGCUGUUUAAAGGCACAGUCAACUUAGUGUAUGGUAACUUCUGACCCACUGGAAUCUGUAGACAAUUGUUGGAUUAAUUACUUGUGUCAUGCACAAAGUAGAUGUCCUAACUGACCUGCCAAAACUAGUUUGUUAACAAUACAUUUGUGGAGUGGUUGAAAAACGAGUUUUAAUGACACCGACAUAAGUGUAUGUAAACUUCCAACUUCAACUGUAACUCUUCACUGUAGUUGACCUCUUGUCUCAAACUAGGGAAUUAUGUUGGAUGGUUUUCCACACUUCCAUGUGUCCUGCUGGUUGGUAUACACACUAAGUGAACAUGAGUUAGAAUCAACAAUUGAUGUAUGCUAAGGUCUUUUUUUAUGUUAAUGUUGUCAUCUUUACAGCCCAUUUCAUUUAACCUGGACCAUGUAUUGCAUUCCAUACAUUUGGCGAAAAAUAACACCUAACAUGGUAGUCCCACUGUAGUUCCUUUUUAUGGUGAGUUUUAUUAAUCUAUUCGUUACGGUUAAGAUUGUAUCCACAAUUGCACCCAUGCAUGAUUAUUUCUUCACGUCAGUGCUUCAUCCUCCCCAAUUCAAUUAACCUUUUAUAUGUCCUCAGGGUGUACAGUUUUAUACGGGUAUUUUUAUGAAUUAUUUGAAGGACAAGAAAAUAUGACUGGAAUUGUGACAACCUCAACCUAAUUUUAUGUGAAGAAACUGAUAAACCAAUAUUGUUUUUGCAA